AUGUACUAUUACAUUCACUUUACUCUUAUCAACCCCGCGGGCAAUCCGAACUCCCACUUCGAAGGGGAUAGCACGACCAAAACGUUCUCACUCUUCAACGGCUCCGAGGCUGUUGUGCAUUACCACGACGUCGACCCAGAGGUCAGCUACACCUUGCUCGAGCCCGGCACUCUGCGCGUUGGCGAGGUCGUGCGGAAUCCCGCGUUAGCCAACUUCGAGGAUUGCUUUUUGGAUGAGAGGGAGCUUGCGGAACACGUCUUCCCGCCGGUGCGGCGCUAUCUUUUACACAAUACAGUCAAGGGCAAGCGCUAUGAAAUCCAUAUUAGCUACCCCGGAUCGCCCCCGCUCGGCUUCCAUCUUCUGUUAUAUCACGUUCGCGCCUCCGCCGUAUCGCUCGCGGGCGCCUCGCGAAGCCCGCGCUCGGAGCUUUCAAAGGGCCCUCUUUCUAGUUUCGGUUCGGAGAGCGGCUCUCAUAUACUUUUGGAUACGGAGGUGCGGAUGAUCAUGAUGGAUCACACACGACCCAACCAGUACGGCUCUCAUCAGACCAUUCAUUACGAUGCGAAGGAUUUAGAGAGGCUGGGGAAGGAGGAUAAUAAUAAUGAUAAUAACAUUGUCCAGUUUCUUAGUGAGGCGCAACAGGGAGGGCUAGAGGAGGAUCCCUUCAUUGCGGUGGUGGAGGUGCGGCCGUAUGUCUUGGCGCUUUCUUCGAAGAGCCCAUGCCUUUUCCCGGAGAUGAGAUAUAACAUCCAACUGGAGAAUCUCACGGGAAACUUACUGCCGAUGACGAUUAUACCUAUUAUUGUCGGCAUCACCAUGAUUAUGAUGCUCACUAGUGCUUUGCUUUGGUUUGUAUACCACAAAGGGUUUCUGAUAACUUCGCCUGAGAACCAGGAGUAUAUGUAUGAAGCGAAGAUGGAUUGA